GUGCCUACAGAGAGGUUCUGGACAUGCAGAAGGAGAUGGUUCGGUCUUUAACAGAGCAGAACCAGGCCCUGGGGGCAGACAGGAGGGUGCUGGAGCAGAGGUGUACAGAACAGAGCCUGCAGCUGCAGAGGAGCCACCAGAGGGUCCAGAGUCUGGAGCGGGAACUCAGCAAGGCCCCUGUCCCUACAGCAGGUGAACAGGCAGAGCUGCUGAGUCUGAGGCAGCAAGCCCAGGAGGUGGUCGACGAGAACGACAGCCUGAAGAUGACCGUCCAUCGCCUCAACGUGGAGCUCAGCCGCUACCAGACACGCUUCAGACCCCUGAGCAAAGAAGAGAGCUCCAGGACCCAUGGCCUGCCACUUAAAGGAUCUGCUCCUCCCUGGCUGCUGGACAUGAAAUAUUUAUCUCCAUUGUUGUUGUCUUAUGAAGACCGGCUCACUGAGAAAGAUGCUCUCCUGCAGACCUCGGAGGUAAGA